AUGGACGCGGGAUUUCUAGAAGCGUUGGUGAAGGCGGGGAGCAUGAUCCUCGUGUCAGAGAUCGGCGACAAAACCUUCUUUGUCGCAGCGCUCCUCGCCAUGCGCCAGCCGCGGCGAUGGGUGCUGCUCGGCUCGCUCUCUGCUCUCUGGUUGAUGACGAUACUCUCCUCUCUCUUCGGUUGGGCUGCUCCCUCCCUGCUGCCCCGGGCGUGGACACACGUGAGCACAACGCUGCUCUUCUUCCUCUUCGGCCUGCGCUCUCUCUGGGACGGCCUCACCAUGGACGCCGCCAGGGCAUCAGAUGAGCUAAAGGAGGUGGAGCAAGAACUGGACAAGGCCAGCAUAGCAGCUGCCGCGGCUACAGCACCAGCAUCUCAAUGCAAGAGCAACGGGGUGAAUGGGGGACAGCACGAGGGGAGCAUGAACGGGGUGGGGACGCAGGGCGAGGAGGAGAGCAAGCACCGCAAGGCGCAGAGGCUGGCACUGCAACGCUUCUUCUCCCCUGCAUUCCUGCAGGCCUUCUCCCUCGUGUUUCUCGGGGAGUGGGGCGACAAGAGCCAGCUGGCAACAAUAGGUCUAGCAUCAGAGGCCAGCGUGUGGGGCGUUGCCCUUGGCGGUUGCCUAGGCCAUGCGGUGUGCUCGGGUGCAGCAGUGAUUGGGGGCCGGCAUCUGGCCUCUCGGAUAUCAGAGCGCACGCGUCUGGAUGUGUUUCACCACUUGUGUAUUGGCAAUGGUUUACGCUACCGCGAAGGAGCACAGGCGCGACGACUACUAACCACUCAUGAGGAGAGCGAUCAAGCCGGAGUCGUACGCCAAUCCCUGGUCGGUCAAGUGCUUCACGCGUCUAGCUAUUCAAGCGAACCGCGAGUUCUCUUGCUCGUCCGACGAGAUGCUCCACUGGAGGGCAAACUGCAACAGCUGGAGCAGCACAUUCAGAAUCUGAGACAGGUGACGAGACGGAUGAUUCUGUGGAAGAAGCAGCAGCAUCCGAAGAAGCAGGAAAAGGAGAAGCAACAGCAGCAGCCUGCUCCUGCUCAGGGGGAUGGCAUGCUUGGAGAUACAGGAAUUAUGAUUAUCCCGAGGUGGUGGGGAUGA